CUCCGGACUCCUGCAGUUGCAGCCGAGUGCGUGUAUUGUACGACACGCACGAUCCACGAGAAAAUCGAGCUGCGUUAACGGCGCGAGCUUCGAAAAGAAGAAGUUUUCCGGGGAGUUUUCAGUGAUUAAAAGUUUGUUUUUUUUUGUAUUUUGGCGAGUUGCGGAGUUUUCGUUGGGAUUAUUUGGUUGAAUCGACGACUGAUUGGUCGAUCGCGCUAUUGAGUUGGUGGAACUUUCUGCGAGAGUUUUUGGUGACUUUGAAUUUGGAAUUUCGUUGGUUGUCGAAUUGUUAAAUAUGUGAGAAAGGGAUGGUCGAAUUUUUUGACUUUCAUAGGGGACACCAGGGGGGUGAAAAUGAUACAGGCCGUUUGCAAUAGUAGCAGGUCGAAUCGUCCUUUUGGCUUGCCAUCACUGAAAAAGCGCAAAAUAGAAACACCCAAUAUGGCAACGGUGGCGAAAAGCUUCGCGAAAUUAGAAACGUUAGAGACGAAGAAGAAAGACGCGAAAGCGUUGCUGUUGCCGCAGAAAAAGCGCGUCCUGCCGCCGUCCAAUUCGCCCAACAGGCCGAAGAAAUCGCCGAAAUUAGAAGAGGCCGCCGCCGAGGAGACCCUCAUCAGAGAAACCGAAGCGGCUUUGAAGAACCUGUCGGGCAGCUGGCCCGGCCCGCGAGGCGGUUAUCCCCACCAACAAGAGGACGCGCCGGCAUUCGAGAAUUUAUUCGACGAAAAAAAGGCCGCCAAACUCUCGCCCACCUCCACAUCCAAUUGCUCCAGCGACAAUACUUGCUCUUUGAAAGACGUCAUAACGCUGAGAGAACCCCACGAGCACGACGAAGACGACGAAAAGUACUCGCACAAAUCCAACAGAACCGCCACCAGACCGAAUUAUUCCUCGCCGGACUUCAACGAAUUAGUCGACGAUUCCUCCAACGAACUAGAAAUCGACAUGUCCGAAUCGGCGGCCGAGAAAAACGAAACGCACCGGCGCCAAGACGCCAGAAAAAAGGACAUAUCGUUCUCGGCCGCCUCGGCCUUCAGGCCGCCGCCGCCGUCGAAGAACCCGCCGAUCGGCCCGUUCCCCGCCGAGGCCACCUUCGUCGGCUACCCGGACGGCUCGCCGGCCGAGCCGAAGAAGCCGCCCCGCAGCCCGGCCGGCUUGCAGAAGAGCCCGGAGGCGGCCGACAAGCAGUACACCAUUCUGCAGCCGGCCGGCGCCGGCUCGCGGGCGGCCACCGCGCUGCAGGAGGCGGCCGGCGAGGCGGUCAAAUCGGUCGCGCCCGGCUCGCUGUCGCCCAACAGUAUCGGUAAAGAGGGUUCGAAGUGCCCCACGCCGGGAUGUACGGGUCAAGGACACGUCACUGGAUUGUAUUCUCAUCACAGGAGUCUUUCUGGAUGCCCGAGAAAAGACAAAGUAACUCCAGAAAGUGGUGAAUUUCCUCCGAACUUCGAAGGAAAGAGGAGCCCAUCGUCGGAAGACGUCAAACCGAGUUACCUAGUGAAUUACGGUAACACCCCGACGACCACAUCGGAGGACAUAAAAGCGCCGUACGAUCAAUAUUAUUCCAAAUCGAAUCCCAUCAAACCGGAUCCGAUGAAGAUCCCCAAAUCCGAAGUGUCAACCAGCAAUUGCUGCGGCCAACAGGGCGAGUUGCUGGUGCCCAAAACGGAGAUGCCGAGCUCCUGCAGAUCGCCGCCUCCCGGCAUCAGAUCCGCCUACGAGCCGUACAUCAACCAAGACUCGAACUCCUCCUCGAUGUCCAGCAUGGACGCCAUGAAUUCGAGAAGCCAACACCAAAUCCACCACAUGGGACCGCACCACAACCAACAACAACCAGGGUAUAACAUGGACCAUCAGUUGCCUCAUCGCUCGCCGUAUCACCAGUCUCCGAUGUCCGAGGAAAUGUACCACAGGGAGCGGUCCUACGCCGAAAUGAACGAACCCAUAGGCGGCGGCGGCGUAGCCAGACCGGUAGUGACCUACUCGAACGAGAUAUCUAACAGAUCGUACGAAUCCGGAUUGAUCAAUUCGGCGGGACACCGACCCUACGAUCCGGGCACCAACAGCUUCGAACGCUACGAUUCCGGCCAAUGCGUUGCGUUGCAACAAGGACCAUUGGGACCGCCGAGGGUGCCGCCGCAGGGUAUGUACGGCUACUUGGAGGACCAGCACGAGCAGCGGUACCAGCAGGAGGCGGCGGCGGCGGCGCAACAACACCAAAUAGCCGUGGCGAACGCGCAGAGUAUGAUGAAAACGGAGGAACCGGAAUCCGCCGGACCUCUAUAUCCCAGACCAAUGUAUCAGUAUGACGCGGCGAGCGGCGGUCCGCUUCCCGUGGGCUUUUCGGCAAUUAACUUAUCUGUGAAAUGUGUGACGACGGCCCAAGCCCAAAUGAAGGGACCGCACACAUCUCCUGGGGGCACCGUUAUCGAUCUGUCGACGUCCAGCGUCACUACUACCAGCCCACAGGUGGCUUAUAGUUCGCCGCAUUACGGCGGCGCCGGUCAAAGGGUGGGCGGCAGUCCCCAAGCCGCCGCCAGUCCGCAUUUGUCGGCCAGCCCCCAGGUGCCCAGUCCUCAAGGUCAAACGUUGGACCUGAGCAUCAGCAGGCUAUCACACAGCGGCGUCCGACCGGUGGCUUCGUUCGCUUCGACGCCGGGCGGCGGGCCGGUGCUAGCGCCCGGCGCCGGCUACAGCCGCGAAUCGACGCCCGACAGCGGCGGCAGCCAUUACAUGGACGCCUACAGAGAUCCCGCCGGUUACGGCCCGAUGAGUCCGCAUCCCGGCUACGGAAUGACGACGGUGGCGGGCGAUUACUCGAAUCCCUAUUCGCCGUACCCGCCGGGCGGGUACUCCUGCGCCGGGGGUUACCCGGGGCCCGUUACCACCGGUUAUCCGGUACCGCCGAGCGGGUAUUCGCCCGGCGCUUGUUACUCGAUGCCGCCGCCGCAGCACUCUCUGUCGCAGCACGACAAAUCGCCCAACAAAGACAGUUUGUCGGGUUGUCCUCGGGCGGAUCGCUCCCAAAUCCAGCCGCACUCGCAGGAGCUGAAAUGCCCGACGCCCGGUUGCGACGGGUCCGGCCACGUGACCGGCAACUACUCCUCGCACCGCAGCCUGUCCGGCUGUCCCAGAGCCAACAAGCCCAAGAGCAAGCCCCGCGACGGGCAGGAUUCCGAACCCCUCAGAUGCCCCAUACCGGGUUGCGACGGAUCCGGACACGCGACCGGAAAAUUCCUAUCGCACAGAAGCGCGAGCGGCUGUCCCAUAGCGAACCGAAACAAAAUGCGCGUUUUGGAGAGCGGCGGCAGCGUCGAGCAACACAAGGCGGCGGUGGCGGCGGCCACGGCGAUGAAAUUCGAGGGCGUCAAUUGUCCGACGCCCGGCUGCGACGGCACCGGUCACAUAAACGGCUCCUUUCUGACGCACCGCUCGCUGAGCGGCUGUCCGGUGGCCGGCCAGACGGUGAAAAAGUCCAAGUACCCCGAGGAUAUGCCGUUUUAUAAAGGAUAUACCGGUAUAGAACAAAGUUCGAAUGGCGGUGAAGAUCUCAUGACAUUAGAGGCGGAAAUAUCCGAAUUGCAACGCGAAAAUGCACGCGUCGAGUCCCAAAUGAUUAAACUUAAAUCGGACAUCAACGCCAUGGAAAACCAAUUGGGCCAGAGCGAAAAAGAAACGAACGCGCUGACGCAGCGCACCACCAAUUUGAACGAGUACUACGAGAGUUUGCGCAACAACGUGAUCACGCUGCUGGAGCACGUCCGGUUGCCGGGCGGCGCGGCCGGCGGCGUCCCGGCGGCGGCGACGCCCGAGAAGAUCGGCCAGGAGAACUUCGACAGUUACUUGAGCAAAUUGCAGACGCUCUGCACGCCCGACGGUUAUUGCACGGACGAGAAUCGGCCGUUGUACGAGACGGUGAAGAGCGCCUUGCAGGAUUUCACGGUGCUACCGACGCCGAUUUAAGUGUUAACGAUUCGAUAUUGAGUUGGGACUCGGUGCUAAUUUGUGGGUUUGAGGAUGAUUGGUUUUUUAUUUUUCGUGCGCCUUGUGUAUAUUACCGGACGUUUCUGGAAACGUAGAGGGCUGCUUUUUCGAUGGUGUAAAGUGGCUCCAUCUCUUUGUCGAAACCCACUAUGAUGAUUGAUUGCAGUAGAAUUUCUUUACUUUUUUGUGAUAACAAAUUUUAUUCCUUUACAGGAGGGUAAGAUUUGCAUUUAUUUAUUAUCAAACGCUAUUUUUAUACGCUUUAAAUAGUUACUAACAACUAAUAUUUGUAGCAGUAAAGAGGCUAACUUUUUAUAAAUGAACUAUAUGCAAGCUUUAAAAGAGGCCAUAUUUGUGUGUUAAGGAAGAAGAGUUAGUUAAAAACAAAUAUCCGAAUAGUCGAGGCACUAUUUACAUCACCAUAAAAAGAAGAAUUAUUUUUUUCAGUUUUGUAAAUUUCAUUUUCAAUUUCAAUGCAAAAUUUGUGCAUUUAGAAAUUCAUGAUAAACCAUAUUUUUCUACAUAUUCUACAGUUAUCAAUCUCAUAGAUAUUGUCUGUUAACCAAAUAGAUGUCAUGAAUUUUUCACUAAUGGAGUAAUAAUGUACGUAAAAUUAAAUUGUGAUUUUUGUAAAUAGGUGAAGAUAUAAAAAAAAAGGGACGACGGAAUAAACGUUGUAGAUACUGGUCAUGUGUGCUAGUCGUCUCCUACAAGGUAAAGUGUAUCAUAUUAAUUUAAACUGUAUAUAACUCAUAUGUAAUUUAAUGUGUAUAAAAAUUCGAUUAGAGGAAUCCGUUCUUCGUUUUUGUUACGGGGCGUUCUUUCGAUUAGUGGUUUUGUUUCAAACAGAAUGCUCUGGUUUUGUUGACUUCAUUUUUUAUUCCGUGCGACCUUAUUAGAAAUUCUGUUUGGUCGCGCCGUAUGUAAUAAAAAUUUAUAUGAUAUUAGAUUUUUAUCUUCUUUAGAAGAACUAUUUUACUAAAAUCUCAAAUCGUGUACAAGGUUUUCAGUAUUUAGUAUAAUUUUUUUAGAUGCUCUGUGAUUAUGUAUACCUAGUCUUUAUAUAGGUAGAUGAUGAGAAGCCGUUAUUUGUAAGUCGGGCCUUCGUUAAUAAGUUGUUCAGUGUUACUUCACCCUGUAAUCUAGUCUCGAAGGUCCAUUAAUAGGUGAAAUAUUGUUUGAAAGAUUAGCUUAUUUGAUUUUGUCCCUAUUUAUAAGUUCCCAUCGCCAAUUAACGAAUCUUUCGAACGAUAUUUUUCCAUUAAAUUCCAAGUAAACGAAGUGCAAUGAAAGGAGAUUUGAAAAUUGUUCUGUUGUUCGUUUUCUUUGUUAAAGUUAUGUUACAAAUUGUCCCAUUUUUCUGCCAGACUAAUUAUGCUUUUACAAAAUGCUCUAUUAAUUGACAAGCUUUUAAUUCUGCUAUUUAUCGAAAUAACAAAAUUUAUCUCCUAAUAAAUAAAGAAAAGGACUAAGAGCAUAUUAGUGUACGAUGAUAUACGAUUAAUUUUCGUAGAGAUUUUAGAAUGGGCCAAUUUGAUUUUAUUAUCCCCCAUUGAGGUGUUCUUAAUGUGCUGUUUCCCAUUUCCCUCGAUGACUUGUUGUGUACUGUGUAAAUACUAAUAUGAAUGAUAUAUUCAACUCAUUAUAUUCAAUUAUUUGUUCUCACCAAAUAAUAUAUGUUAAUAUACAUGUGUUGUUAUUAAAUAAAGUAUUUGAAAGGUCUC